GCAAGUUUCACGAGAGGCUCUUCUUUUUUUUCCCCUUUCGUUUUCUUCGUCAACCACAAUUCGAAGGAUAUCGACGAGUCGGCAAGAUGGCGCCCCUCACCUACUCCAAGACCUCCAAGGUCCCCAACCGUCCCUUCGAGGCCGCCCGUCUUGACUCCGAGCUUAAGCUCGUUGGCGAGUACGGUCUCCGCAACAAGCGUGAGGUCUGGCGUGUCCAGCUUACCCUCUCCAAGAUUCGUCGUGCUGCCCGUCAGCUUUUGACCCUCGACGAGAAGGACCCCAAGCGUCUCUUCGAAGGCAAUGCCCUCAUUCGCCGUCUCGUGCGCGUCGGUGUCCUCGAUGAGUCCCGCAUGAAGCUCGAUUACGUCCUGGCCCUGAAGGUCGAGGAUUUCCUUGAGCGCCGCCUCCAGACUUGCGUCUACAAGCUCGGUCUCGCCAAGUCCAUCCACCACGCCCGUGUCCUCAUCCGCCAGCGUCACAUCCGUGUCGGCAAGCAGAUCGUCAACGUUCCCUCCUUCAUCGUCCGUCUCGACUCCCAGAAGCACAUCGACUUCGCCCUUACCUCGCCCUUCGGUGGUGGCCGCCCCGGCCGUGUCCGCAGAAAGAAGGCCGCUGCCGCCGAGUCCAAGGGUGACGGUGGUGACGACGAGGAGGAUGACGAGUAAAUGCAUCGCCAUUAAUGCUAAGGAUUGGUCAAAAAAAACUCUGGGAAUGGUUGGUACACCAAAAGCCAGCCAUUGGGAUCAUCGGGGUGUUUAUAGUCACGGCGUUCGCCAGAGGCAAAAUGGAAUGAUUGCAUCAAAUACGGAUACCACGAAUGAAUGUUACACAAAAGUCUUUUUCUUGUUCAGUUCAGGGCACCUCAAGGCAUCGUCUUGCAUGCGAACGUUUGACAGGGAAAUGGGUAUCAUGUUUGUCCAAUGCAAUGCUCAUAAGCCAUGCCUACAUACCUAGGUAGUCUAGACCAAUUCAUCCUUGCCAAGGAACUUGGCCAUCGGGUCGUUCGCCGCUGUCCUCUUUCUCCUGUAUUCCUCCAUCUCUUCCUCGGUGACACCGCCCAUCAUCUCUUCCGCUGUCCGCUUCGUCGCCGGCUUGUUCACCGGGGUGUCAUCCGCCUUUGGAAUCUCCGCCUGUUGCUCCAUUUGCAUCGCCAAUGAAGCACCAGUACGUUGCCGUUCAGAAGCUUCCCAAGCCAACUUGCCCUCCUCACCCGUGCAGUAACUGUUCUUGACCACCGAGUGACAGCAUUCGUAGCCCCAUUGAAAAUUCGACCACCAGCUGCCCCAGACAGAUGUGUGGUUGUGGAUGUACACGUCCUCGGGGUACUUUGACUUGGCGAUAACCUUGGGCGCGCCCUUGAUAAGGCCGCUCUCGUCAUACUCGACAUACUUCUCCGACUCGGUUAUGACGUUCUUCAGUUCGUCGGGCAUGGUGUACUGCGAGUUGUCGCCGUAUAGCUCCUUGAGCUUCUUCUCCCGCUCUGCACGCUUCUUCUCGGCCUCUUCCUUCUCCUUCUUCCUGUAAAACUCUCCAGCCGUGGGGUUGGCUUGCAAAUGUUUUGUGGUGUCACCACUCUUCUCCUGAGCCUCCCAAGCGUAUCGCUGUGCUUGCUCGAACUCGCCGGCGUCGCCUGAUCCGCGCAUGAAGCCUUCCUCUGCAAAGAGAUUCGCAGCUUUGUCCACCGUUGCGCCGCCGUCCACAAGGGAUCUCGUCUUUGGGUCGUACUUUGCCGAUUCCAAGUCUAGGUUGACGAGGUACUUUGCCGUGUCCUCUCGUAUUCUCAGCUGUCGCGUAGCUGUACUUUGAUGUUUGCUCAUGUCGUUCUCCUCUGCGUACUUGUCGCCAUCGUCCUGCUCCUCCUCCUCCGUCUCGCCCUUAGCAAGCGCCUGCUUCCUCAGCUUCUCCAUCUCGUUGAACUCCUCGACGACAUUGCGGUAUUCCUUAGGGUCGUAUCCAUUCCAGCGGUCACGUUUGGCAUCCCAGCCAAGCUUGACGUCCUGAACGACCUCGUCGGCCUGAAUGUCCCUGCCAGUCCACUUUGCGCCUUUCGCCCUCGGCCGACUGAGGCAGUCUUUCGCUUUGUGCGUCAUGGCGCCGCAGUUUUCGCAUGCGCCUUUCCGGUACUUUGUGGCUGCCGGGCCGGCCUUGCGACCGCGAUCGUACCAUUGUGACUGCUCAUUUUUCUUCUGAAUACGCUGAUGCUCAAGGUAGUCGGUCUGGUCAUCGCCUUCUUCGCCGGCAUAAAAGGGACGUUUACUGAUGAAAGAGGGAAUGUAGAUAUUCUCCUCCUUUGCGGCGGCGGACGCCUUGGGGUCGGUCUUUCUCGGCGGUGGAGGCGGCGGCGGCAUCUUGGCGUUUUGUGAGGGUAUGAGAGGGUUGUUGCUAGAGAAAGUUUG